GGGGAUUGAAGGAAAGUGUUCAAAAGGAGCUUGAAAGAUUUGGAGCAUCCUUGUUCCAAUUCCACAUCUUUUGCUAGUGUUUUGUAACGCACAUCAUACUACGUAUACGGGUUUUAAGCGGACUCUAAGCCCAAAAUGAUUUCAACGGGGACGAUGCACCGCGUUCUCCUCCUACUCGCAUUCAGCACCACCGUGCUCGGCUUUGGUCGAUACAAACCACAUGCCGGCGCACGCCCCCAGACAUCCUUAUGGGAUGCACGACACCCUGGGUUUAAAGAAGCCGUCAGGUACUAUUAUCCCUAUCGACCAGAACGGAUACCCUAUCAGCAGGCCUGGGAGGAGAUUCCAGUGCCGAGGGUCGGGCCGGGUAUUCCGCCUCCAGAGAGGAAUGGACCGGAAUGGUGGGGUGGAGAGGUUCCGCCUGUGAAUGGUGAGGGGUGGGUACCUCCUCAAAAGGGUCAGUUUCCAUCACCCAAGGGUCAAUGGCCCCCUGUGAGUGAGGACGACUUUAAGCGGUUGCCAAACCCUUUUCAAAACCCAUCACCCAUGAUGCCUACGACAACGACUCGACCCGCUGCGGCAUCUAUGCCAACAACAACACCAAGCCUUGCUGCUCCUGCUGCUGUUUUGCCUGCUGCUGCUCCUGCUGUUGCUGCUGCUCCUGCUGUUGCUGCUGCUCCAGCAAGCCCUGCAUCAGAUGGAACCGUCAAUAAACCUUCACCCGAAUUCGCGGCCCUCCAAGCAAACGCAGCAAACGAUACAGAAGGGAAGGCAAUCGAUAAUAUCAAUGCGGCUUUAAACCAGAUUACCGUCUACAACACUGUUGGAGCCAUUAUUUUAAUGGUGACGGGAAUCAUGUUUGUCUUUUUUGGACACAAGGUGUUUAAAGCUGUUAUUUUUAUCGGUGGAUUUUACUUUGGAGGUGUUUUGGCCUACGUGACCCUCUCAGCCCUCGAAGCCCGCAACGUGAGUUUCGGCACACACCGCGACCUAAUCUUCCUGAUCGUCAGUAUUAUCGUCGGUCUCUUGAUUGGAUCCUUAUUCUUGUGUGUCUGGCGGUUGGGUCUCUUUGCCAUUGGCGCCAUGCUCGGCUUUACCCUGGCCAUCAUGAUCCUUUCACUAGGCAACGACGGUCUCUUGCACGGUGUCGGCCGCACAAUCUUUAUUGUCGUCCUGACAGUCGUAUUCGGUAUCCUGAUCCUCUUUGCCGAACGUCCCAUCUUGAUCAUUGGGACCUCCUUUGCUGGUGCUUUUGCCCUGUUUGUCGGUAUCGAUGUCUUUGUCAAGGCGGGACUUGUUGACGCGCUGCGUCGGUUCCUUGCGAGCGGUUCCGUCGAGUACGUCCCUGCCAAAGGCGUUUACUUGGAAUUGGGUGGAAUUGUCCUUGUUGCGUUGGUGGGCAUUGCUGUGCAGUGGUAUAUGACGCGCAAUAAGGGACACAAUCAUCACCGUGGCAAGCUUGCGCAUGGAUCAAGGGGCGAAAAGGCACAGUUGGUUGCACCCGAGACGUCGCAGAUUACGGUUGUGACAAAGCAUUAAGGAUUGGAAUUGUUUUUGUGGGGAUAUAUCCUUUUCUUUUUUUUGUAUAUUGGGAUGGAUGGGGAUGCAGAGGAAUAUUUUUUUUGUUUGUAUACUUGAAUGAACAUGCGACUUUUGCAUAUUUUUGCAAAACACAUUUAUUUGUAACGAAGACUUAUGGUCCGUCACAUUCAAUGGAUUUAACAUACAUAUCUAUGAAUC